AUGGCGCUCGCGUCGAACGACAACAGCUACCUGAAGGAGUACGUCCGCCGGCAGGACUACCGCCUCUCCCCCGAGGAGCGCGGGAGGAGCCGGGACCCGCGCGCGGGGAAGCUCCUGACGGAUCGGAACGAGUACGUCUCGUGGCUCGAAUCUCAGCUCGACGCGGUGACGCAGGCGUGCCUCGUUGCGCAGUCGUUCGACGAGCGCAUCACCGCGCUCGGGACGAGCGCGUGCGUCGCGGACGAGAAGAUGCUGAACCUCGCGAGGCUCAUCAAGUGCUCGCAGUCCGUCGCGGAGGAGCAAGAGAGCGCGUACCACGACGCGAUGGUGAAAGUCAGCGAGCGCGUCACCGCGACCGAGCGCGCGGUGCACGCGCUGACGCACGCGGAGGAGAGGCGCGUUCUCAUGGCGCGGAAGAUGCUCGACGGGAAGGGACUCAAAGGCGGCGACGGCGCCGGCGGCGUGAUCGGCGGCGCGAUGGACGACGGCGGCGGGAUGAUGCGCGGAGGAGGAGGCGCGAUGGCGAUCGGCGUCCUCGACGCGCAGUUUCGAGUUUGGGCGUCCGCGCACGAGCGCUCCGUGGACGCGCGCAUCGACGCCGCGGAGCAGCGUCUCGCCGCGCGCGUGGACACCGCGACCGCGAACGUCCUCGACGCGCUCCGCGCGACGGAGCAGCGUCUGAAGGACGCCGCGCCUCGGCUCGCGGAGGAGGCGACGCGACGCGUGUGGGGCGCGGGGCCGGAACGCGGCGCGUUUCCGACGGGCGGCGUCGCCGGCGUCGACGCGCUGCGACACGUCGUAGACCGCGUCGAGGCCCUGGAAGCGAUGGAAGCGAAGCUGAAGAGAGAGCUCAGGGUCGCGAUGGAACGCGCGGAGGACGCCGCGGACGAGGCGAGACGGUUCGCGAGCAGAGAACGGUGGGGCGGCGGCGGCGGCGGACGGAGCGGCGCGGCGGCGGGGGGGAGCGACGAAUACGCCUUCGACCGCGCCGGCGCGGGCGCGGGUCCCGGUCCCGGUCCCGGUCCCGGUCCCGGUCCGUCCGCGCCGCCGGUCGCGCCCGUCUCGAGCGGCGUCGAACGUGGGGACGCGUUCGGGGGAUUCUGGGGGAGUCAGACGUCGUCGCAGGAGAAGGACGACGACGACGCGAAGGAGGCGAUCGCGCGGAGCGUCGAGGCGACGAGCCUCGGGUUUCAACGCCUCGGGUCGCAGUUCGAUAGCCUCGCGGAGCGGCUCGAGGCGAACGACCGGCACACCGCGAUGCUCGCGAAGUUGAUCGAGUCGAUGCAGGUGAACCAGCGUGCGGCGGGGGCGGAAGGUGGGGGACAGAGGGACGACGCGUCGCCGUCGAGGGUGCCGGCGGUCGCGGCGGCGGCGGCGGCGGCGGCGGCGGCGGCGGCGGCGGCGGCGGCGCGGUCGACGCCCGCGGAGUUGACGCCCCAGCGCGCGGCCGCGACGGACGACGACGAGGAGGAGAGACGGUUGGAGGCGGAGUCGAGGCGCGGGAAGCUCGCGGAUUUGUACGAGCGGCUCGAGGGCUUAGCGUCCCCGGUCUCGAACAAGUGA